GGCGGUGGGCUCACGGGCAGGGUUUGGAACGUGUGCCCUGGUUCUACCCACGCAGCCGACCCCUACGCCACCUGCUCUGGGCUCCUUCUCGCCAUGGAAUCGCUGACUCUCGCUCGGCGGCCCGGCCCGGCUCCUCCGGCUGCCCUGGCCGACGGGCUCAAGUCGCCCAAGCCGGUGAUGAAGAAGCAGGCGGUGAAGCGGCACCACCACAAGCACAACCUGCGGCACCGCUACGAGUUCCUGGAGACGCUGGGCAAGGGCACCUACGGCAAAGUGAAGAAGGCGCGGGAGAGCUCGGGGCGCCUGGUGGCCAUCAAGUCGAUCCGGAAAGACAAAAUCAAAGAUGAGCAAGACCUGAUGCACAUUCGGCGGGAGAUUGAGAUCAUGUCAUCACUCAACCACCCCCACAUCGUGGCCAUCCACGAAGUGUUCGAGAACAGCAGCAAGAUUGUGAUCGUCAUGGAGUACGCCAGCCGGGGCGACCUGUACGACUACAUCAGCGAGCGGCAGCGGCUCAGCGAGCACGAGGCCCGUCACUUCUUCCGGCAGAUCGUCUCCGCCGUGCACUACUGCCACCAGAAUGGGGUUGUCCACCGGGAUCUCAAGCUGGAGAACAUCCUCCUCGAUGCCAAUGGCAAUAUCAAGAUCGCUGACUUUGGCCUCUCCAACCUCUACCACCAAGGCAAGUUCCUGCAGACGUUCUGCGGGAGCCCCCUCUACGCCUCGCCCGAGAUCGUCAACGGGAAGCCCUACACGGGCCCAGAGGUGGACAGCUGGUCCCUGGGUGUUCUACUGUACAUCCUGGUGCAUGGCACCAUGCCCUUCGACGGGCAAGACCAUAAGACACUGGUGAAACAAAUUAGCAGCGGGGCCUACCGGGAGCCGCCGAAACCCUCAGACGCCUGUGGCCUGAUCCGGUGGCUGCUAAUGGUGAACCCCACCCGCCGGGCCACGCUGGAGGAUGUCACCAGUCACUGGUGGGUCAACUGGGGCUACGCCACCCGUGUGGGGCAGCAGGAGGCCGUGCACGAGGGAGGGCACUCUGGCGGUGACUCUGGCCGGGCCUCCAUGGCCGACUGGCUCCGGCGCUCCUCCCGGCCCCUCCUGGAGAACGGGGCCAAGGUGUGCAGCUUCUUCAAGCAGCACGCUCCGGGGGCGGCCAGCGUGGCCCCCAGCCUGGAGCGCCAGCACUCCCUCAAGAAGUCCCGCAAAGAGAACGCCAUGGCCCAGUCCCUCCAGGGGGGCCCGGCUGGUGACACCGCCCCUCGCCCCAGCAAGGACAACCUCAUACUGCCGAAGGGCAUCCUCAAGAAGAAGGCCGCCACCUCCUCCUCGGAACAGGCCGGGGGGGACUCUGACCUCAGCCCGGCCCCCGCAGGCCCAGAGCAGGCUGCAGCCCCCCUGCUCCCCAAGAAGGGCAUCCUCAAGAAGUCCCGGCAGCGGGAGUCCGGGUACUACUCCUCUCCCGAGCCCAGCGAUUCUGGGGAGCUCUUGGACGCGGGGGACGUGUUUAUGAGCGCGGGGGACUCCGUGGAGCAGAAGCCGGCCCAGGCCUCGGGGCUGCUCCACCACCACCGCAAGGGCAUCCUCAAACACAACGGCAGGUUCUCCCACGCGGCCCUGCCGCUCACGGCGCCCGCCACCUUCUGCUCCCUGAACGAACUGGCCUCAGCCUGCCCUCCGUCCAGGGCCAGCCGCCCCUCGGGAGCUGUGAGCGAGGAAAGCAUCCUGUCCUCCGAGUCCUUUGACCAGCUGGACCUGCCUGAUCGGCUCCCCGGGCCUCUGCUGCGGGGCUGUGUGUCCGUGGACAACCUCACAGGGCUGGAGGAGCCCCCCUCAGAGGGCCCGGGAAGCAGGGGCCUGAGGCGCUGGAGGCAGGACCCCCUGGGGGAGAGCUGCUUUUCCCUGAUGGACUGCCAGGAGGUGACGGAGGCCUACCGACAGGCCCUGGGCAUCUGCUCAAAGCUCAGCUGAGGGGGGUGGGGGGGGCAUCGCCCCAGUGGAUAGGCUCGAAGAUGCACCUGGCAACACCCUGAGGGGAGCCCCUUCUCCCCUGCGUCCUAGGACCAGCGUCCCAGCCCAGAAGGCUGAGAUGGUUGGCCGUUUAGUCCUGGGGGAGCAACAGAUAUGGGCAAAACGGGCGCGUGAAAGGCAUUGAGGGUUCGAUGUCCUCAGCCCUGUGGAACCAAGAAGAUAGUGGAGAGGGGGGAAGGGUAGAGAAGUAGAGGGAAGGCCCGUGGCCAAGUCCAAGUUUUCCAUCUCCUGUACGCAGCCCCAUGGGAAGAGCACACUUUGCAGCAGCCAUGUCCUUAAUUGCUGUGCAUGGUGCCUGCGCCUCAGGCGGGAUGGAAACUCUCCCCAUCCCCACCCCCAUCCCCACCUGGCACUAAAACUGGAAUACGGAAACUGCUCCUGUGCAAACUGCUCCUGUGCCUGGGACGUCCUCAGACUGUUUCCUGCGUGUGCCUGUCCUCAUUCCUCCAGCAGGGAGAGAACACACGUUUUCCUCAAAGGCUCUCGCCCCUUUCCUGUCCUCCGAGCCUCCUGACGCCCAGGCCUCCUGGCGUCGCUGCUAUGAAUCUGAAAGACUUGAAGAGGCUCCGGCUGCUACUGGACUUCAUCUCAAGGGGCCCCGACUCCUCAGGACCCCACCGUGAACCUCAACGGCUCUGUGACCUUCUCCGGCCUCUAAGCUGCUCCGGCUCCUGAGAAUGGAUGCGCCUAUGUCUCUGGGGUUUCCGGACCCCAGAACGUCCUAUUUAUGGUUCCAAGCUCUGUGUUCUU